AUGACAAUUUUAGGCGGUUAUUUAACCCAAAAAAAUACUUUGGGCUUUCGUCUUUCAGUUAAACGUUCUGCAAUAUUUUCUUUACUUCAACAGUUAACUAAAGAUAAUGAAGAAUAUUUCACGACGAAUGUUUCAACGCAUUCCGAACUUUUUAAAGAAUAUUUUCGACAAAUUGAUUUAUUCAUUCCAACUUUACAGAGUUAUGUUAUUGAAUUACAACGAAUAGCUCCAAAGUACGAUUAUGAUUUGAAUACCCCUGGUAAUGGUUUUCGUUCUUUGGUUUGCAUAUGCGAUAUAGCAAUGUUACAUUUGGUAUCAAUUUUGCGUACUUGCAUUGAGUAUCGUUCUUUCACUAUGUUUCGUGCAUCAUAUUAUUGCAAAGAGAUCGAAAGUUAUUGCGGUAUUUUAAGAUUCUUUGUUGUCUUAUUCGACAAGGUCUUAUCAUUAUCAAGACAACUCCCCAAUGGUUCAUUGUUACCACGUUUGGACGAAGACUGUUCAAAAUUCCAAGAAUUAUUCGAUGAAAUUGAAGCUGCUGAUUUCUCUUUUUUUUACGGGCGUCGUCUCGGUUUUCAGGUUUUCUUAUAUGAUUUUCUUAUAAUGACAUACUUCAACUUCCAAAAUAUCAAAUCAAGCAAAAUCACAAUGAAUUUCUUCUACAUUUGUUUUCAGUUUUCUCCUUCUAUCUCCAGAAUUUUUCGUUUUAUUGGCAUUCUUUUGGCAACUUAUAGUCUCUCGCGGGAAAAAGGACACGGCCCUAUUGGAUCGUUAAUUAAUUCUAGCCGUUUUUUUUUAAGUCCUGAACAACGCGCUUCACGUAUUUUGAAAGUAUUUGAAAUUUUAAAGAUAUUCAAAAAAUUGAAAGUAACUCGCGAAGCUGACAUUGAAUUUUGUAAAGGUUUCUGGAAUCUUUCUGAAGUGGGAAUACAAGUGCCGAAGUUUUUCUGUCCAAACAUGGCUAUUAGUGAAGUACGUGAUAUUGAUUGCACUGGGACGAUAAUGAUGGAGACCGUUGAUGGAAGUUUUGUCGAGAUUCCCGAGCCUUCAUCAUAUACUGGUAGACGACCAGUUCGAGUGCGAGUCUUAUCAUAUUCACACCGUAAAGAAAUGAGUCAAUCAUAUAUUUCGCCUCAGAAUUACUUAGGACACUGUUCACCACCAUCACCAUAUCUCUUGUUACAUUGUCAUGGUGGAGGUUAUGUUGCAACAACAUCAAAAUCGCAUGAGAUCUAUUUACGAACUUGGGCUAAACAUCUUGAUUGUUCGGUCUUGUCUAUCGAUUACUCGUUGGCUCCAGAAAAUCCUUUUCCUCGUGCUAUUGAAGAGGUUUUAUACGCUUACGCUUAUAUUGUAAAUAAUUCAUCGCAAAUGGGUUGGACAGGGGAAAAAAUUUGCAUGGUUGGCGAUUCGGCUGGCGGUAAUCUCAUAAUGGCUUUAAAUUUACGACUUAUCCAGUUAAAUAUUAAGCGACUUCCGGAUGGUCUUAUUUCCAUUUAUACACCUUUCAUUUUUCAGUAUUUUCCUUCUCCUUCUCGACUGCUCAGUUUUAUGGAUCCUCUUCUCCAUGCGGGUAUUGUCAUACGAUGUGUUGCUGAAAUUUUAUUUGAAAUUUUAUUUGUAACUGAUUAUUUAGCUUAUACAAGUGGAGAAUCUACCGAUGAUGGGGUGGAUAACGCAACGAAUAAGGAAAAACCCCAUAAAAGCUUGCAAGAUUACGUAAAAGAAGUUAAAAAAAUUAGAAAAGAAGAUGAUUUCAAUCUUGAUAAUUCUUCGAUUAUGUCUUUGAUCAAUUUAACACCAAUUAACGAGCAAAGCAUUAACAAUGUUAAAACGACCAUAGCAAAAGAGGAAAACGACGAUUCCCGUUUGCGCGAAGAAUUGAGUGAUGACGAAGACGAUCUUGAGCACGAGACUUCAAUAUCUUCUGUUCAAGUGAAGGCAGAUUCUUCACAAAUUCAUCUUUUCUCAAAUUCUUAUGAUCGUCGAUUAAUUGAUUACCUCAAGCAACACUCUUUGACUAAAAAGUAUAUAUUCAGUUGCGAAAAAAAAAUUGAUAGUGUUGAUGAAACAUCCCAACAACGAUCUGAAGAUUCAGCUAAACCUUUUAUUCGCCGAUCGCCGAUGUUUUCAGUUUCUUUCCGACCUCUUUUAUCGAACUCUACCACAUCUUCACCAACCCAUCCUUUACAACCAGCUGUCAGCACUUCUCGGAGCAAUAAUAAUAUAAAAGACAGCAUUUCCGAUACACCAGUGAUCAAGCGAACACUGAGCCAAAGUUUGGCCGAUACAGCUGUGCUCGCGGCUGGUCAUGCGUUCGAUAAUAUUUCCGAUUGGAUUGCGAAAUCGACGUUCAGUGGCUCAACUGAUCGAGUGAAAUUAGAUCGUGCCGCAUCACUAAAUCCAGUGAAAUCGAGGAAGGUGGAAUUUGAUGAAAUAGCACAUGGGGAAAAAAAUUCAUGCAUAAAGAAUCUAUUGAGGGCGAAAAUUCCAAGAAAUCCGUUAAUUUCUCCAUUGUAUGCAACUGCCGACGAAUUAAGUCGUUUGCCACCCAUAUGGUUUGUGGCUUGUCAUAUGGAUCCUCUGCUUGAUGAUACAAUUACAUUUGCUCGUAGAGUAAGAGAUUGUGGCGGAAAAGUCAUGGCAGUUGAUCUUUUAGACAAUUUACCACAUGGAUUUCUAAAUUUUACCUUGAUAUCUCCUGAAUGUCGUGAAGGUGCAAAAAUUUGUCUUAAUCAUAUUAGAGAAGCUUUUGGUAUGAUAUCUUAA